AUGGGUGAGAAAAUUAUGUAUGACACAAUAUUUGCUAGAAGCUUUAGUCGAUCUGACCAGAAGAAGCUUGGAUAUGGUGCAUUCCUUGGUUGCUUGCUCAUUGCAUUGAGCUUCUGCCUUGUUUUCAAGCCUUACACGGAUCCAAAAUCAGUUCGUUUGAAUUCCGUUCCGAAGAGAAUGAAGUUAGUGUGCAAUUCAGAAAAACGAUCAGACUUCUGUGAGAUCACUGGUGAUAUAAGGAUUGAUGCAAAAUCCUCGACUGUUCUUUUCUCUGCUUCACCCCAAGAAAGCAUCCUGGAAGAAAACAGCUCAUGGGUUAUCAGGCCUUAUACUCGAAAAGAAGACGAACAUGCAAUGAGUACGGUGAAGAAAUGGACCGUCAAACCUGCGGUGGAUAACAACGCGACCCUUCAAUGCAAUCAAAAUCAUGGAGUUCCGGCCGUUCUCUUCUCCCUUGGCGGAUAUUCGGGAAACAACUACCAUGACUUCAGUGACAUCAUUAUUCCGCUGUAUUCGACUGCUCGGCUGUUUGAUGGUGAAGUCAAGUUUCUUAUCACAGACAGAAAUCCAUGGUGGAUUAAGAAGUUCCAAAUCAUACUACAUAAGCUGUCUAAUUACGACGUUAUCGACAUUGAUAAUGAAGAAAGCAUCCACUGUUUCACAAGUGUGAUUGUUGGUCUCAAACGUAGCCCUCACGAGCUGAGUAUUGAUCCUUCAAAAUCACCAUAUUCAAUGAAAAACUUCAUGCAGUUUUUGAGAAGCGCGUACUCCUUAAACAAGUCUACCGCGAUCAAGAUGGAGGAUGAUGGAAAGACAAGACCUCGGCUUCUCAUUGUCUCAAGGAGCAGAACAAGAACGUUCACGAAUACAGAAGAAAUUGCCAGAAUGGCUAGAAACUUGGGCUACGAUGUAGUUGUAGCGGAGGCCACGAAUGUACCAAGGUUUGCAGAAAUCGUGAAUUCUUGUGAUGUUAUGAUGGGAGUUCACGGAGCUGGCCUAACCAACAUGGUUUUUCUACCUGAGAAUGCCAUUUUGAUUCAAAUAAUUCCCAUUGGAGGGGUGGAAUGGCCGGCCAGAACUGCUUUUGGAGAGCCUUCCAAGGACAUGAACAUACGGUACUUAGAUUACAAGAUUAAAACGGAAGAGAGUACCUUGAUACAACAAUUUCCACCAGAGCAUGAGGUUUUAAACAAUCCAUCCCCCAUUUGGAAACAAGGUUGGUUGGCAUUCAAGGCAGUGUAUUUGGAUAAUCAGAAUGUCAACCUUGAUGUGAAUAGGUUCAGACCCACUUUGCUAAGAGCUCUUGAGCUUUUACAUCAGUAA